UGAGUCCGGACUGGCUGCGGAGGGAAAAGGAGGGUAAAGGUCGCUCGGAGUAGUUAAGCAAGAGGCAGGGCAGGACGGGGCAGGACAGGCGACCUCGCCUCCGGAGCAGCCAUGGCGGAGAAGAAGGGGCCCUCCCAGGCGCCCAUCAGCCCCCUGAAGAACUUCUUCGCAGGCGGCUUCGGGGGCGUCUGCUUGGUCUUCGUGGGGCACCCGCUGGACACCAUCAAGGUCAGGCUACAGACUCAACCGAAACCUUUGCCUGGGCAGCCUGCACUCUACUCUGGGACGUUUGACUGCUUCAGAAAGACUCUUGUCGCCGAGGGAGUCCGUGGUUUGUACAAAGGGAUGGCAGCUCCGAUUGUUGGUGUGACCCCCAUGUUUGCUGUGUGUUUCUUUGGAUUUGGCUUGGGGAAAAAACUCCAGCAGAGGACACCCGAUGACGUUCUGACAUAUCCCCAGCUUUUUGCUGCAGGCAUGCUUUCUGGGGUGUUCACCACCGUAAUCAUGGCCCCGGGAGAGAGAAUCAAGUGCCUUUUACAGAUCCAGGCAGCCUCUGGUGAAAUUAAAUACGGAGGCCCUUUGGACUGUGCCAAACAGCUUUAUCGCGAGGCUGGCAUUCGAGGUGUUUACAAAGGAACGGUGCUCACCCUCAUGAGAGAUGUUCCAGCCAGUGGGAUGUACUUCAUGACCUAUGAGUGGCUUAAACAUAUUCUGACACCUGAAGGGCAGAGUGUCCGUGACCUCAGUGUACCCAGGAUUCUGUUUGCAGGUGGCAUGGCAGGGAUUUUUAACUGGGCUGUUGCGAUCCCUCCAGAUGUGUUGAAGUCUCGUUUCCAGACGGCUCCUCCGGGCAAGUAUCCCAAUGGCUUCAGAGACGUUUUGCGGGAGCUGAUUCGAGAGGAAGGAGUGGCGUCACUCUACAAGGGAUUUACCGCUGUGAUGAUCAGGGCUUUCCCAGCCAACGCAGCCUGCUUCCUUGGUUUUGAAGUCGCCAUGAAGUUCCUUAACUGGCUCGCCCCAAGUCUGUGAAGGACGUGUUCCUAAGGGAACCUGAGGACAAGAGGAAGGAGGCAAUUGCAUUAGAGAAGCAAAAUGGAAGCAAAAUAAGCUGUAUAAAUGACUUAUUUUUUAAUAACCGGUUUUUGCCUUACUCGCUACCUCUGGAGGAGGCUGUUGUUGCCAUUCGGAAUCUCGAGCCAAUUCUCAUCCCUGUUGGGAGUUUGAGAUGCAUACCUGCCUUCUGAACCCAAAGUUACCAUAGGGGUAAAGCUGCUCGUAGAAAACCUUACUGCUAUUAAUAGGUGUCAAAUUUCUUCUUAUUCGCCUCUUUUGGAAAUAAAGAAGGACUAUUUUAAUUUCCCAUUUUUUAAUCUUAGUAAAGAACUGCAUGGAUGGUGGCGAUAGUACCAGGUGGAGGGUGGGGUUGGAGAUCUAGCCACUGUGCAUUUAAUUCUCAGGAUAAACUUCACACUUAAGUGCAUGCAAGCACGUAAGAAGAUUGUUUAGCUUUGGUUUACAGACACUACACAGUCUGUCACUAAAGUUCCUGUGUAAGCAGCAUGGAAAUGAAUGAGACUUGCACAUGAACACAGAUGUUACUUCAGCAGUCCCAGAAACUUCAGUGGGGCUUGUGCAUUACUCAGUCAUGGCAGGUACUGGUUUUAAGUCUCUUGUUUGUUACCUUGAGGUGUAUGGCCCACACUGUGGUGCAGCAUGCUGGUUUGAACUAGUUCACACACUGAAAGCUCAAGAACUGGAUGCAACAGAUAUAAAAUUAACAGAGCUGCAGAAUCUUGUAUUAAUGUCUAAUAAACUCAAACUGACAAAUU